CGCGCACGCGCAUGUGUAUGUGCGUGGGGGAGCUGCGCACGCGCGUCUCGGUGGUUUUCCCCUCCCCCCCUUCCCUCCGCCUCUUUGGGAAACCAGGCUUACGCGCAGGCGCGAGCUCCUCGGCGCCGGGGGUCGGGGCGUCCCAUUUUGCUUAGUAUAGACCCUAGCUUUCGGCUACUUUCGGAAACAAGGACUCGGCUGUGGCCGGCUCAGGCCCUAGAUCAGUGGCGGGUGCGCAGGCGCGAGACUCCCCGGUUGAAAGCAGGGGAGCUAGGACCGGCGCGGUGCCUUGUGGGAAGACUUAAGGGAGCAAAAUGGCGGACCUGGCGAACGAAGUCCUCUGCAGAGCAAAAAGGCUUGUCGGAUUCGGGAGAGGCGCCUCAGGGGGAGGCUGAGUCCCCCCACCAUGGUAUGGGUCACCCAGAGUCAGCUGGUGAGCAUGCCUUAGAGCUUCCCACUCACGCUAGUGCCUCAGCCUGCGCUUCUCCGCUUCCCGCUUCCGAAGCCCGGCCUACUUCUAUUCAGCAAGAACUGGCAGGGGACAGAAGCCUUCCAAGUCUACAAUCUCAUGCUGGAUUAGAGGUUACAUCUGAGUCAUAUUCGGCUACAGGGACUAAGCCACCUCAGAGAAUCUGGCCUCAUUCAAUCAGGGCUACGACUGGUUCCUGGGCAGAGAAAGCUCUGACUCCAACAGAAGAAACUUAUAAGAGGUCAGCUGAUGGUUCAAGUCCAGAAGAUGGAGAAGAUUCUGAUCGAGAAGAUGGAAAUUAUUGUCCUCCUGUGAAACGGGAAAGGACUUCUUCUUUAACUCAGUUUCCUCCAUCUCAGUCAGUAUCAAAAAACAAUGUUUUUAUGCCAUCAACCUUCUGUGAACCAUCUACAGGCAAUUCUGACUCAGAACCAGAGGAAAAGAGCAGUGGAUUCCGACUGAAGCCUCCCACACUUAUCCAUGGUCAGGCACCCAGUGCAGGUCUACCGAGCCAGAAACCUAAGGAACAGCAGCGAAGUGUUCUGCGCCCAGCAGUAUUACAAGCUCCCCAGCCAAAGGCACUCCCACAAACAGUUCCUAACAGUGGCACCAAUGGUGUUAAUGUACCCUCAGACUGCCUAGGAGCAGCUCCAUCUGAAUCAAUAAAUAAUAGUGCACUGAAAAGUUCUUCUGACUCUGCUGACAAGGAGAAAGACCCCCAGAAAAAUGAGUCUAGCAAUACUUCCGAGGAUGAGACCUGUGAGAGAAAAAAGCAAAUUGCACAGCAAGCAUUUGUAUUUGGGCAAAACUUGAGGGACAGAGUUAAGCUAGGACAUGAAAAUGCUGAAACAACUGACCUCCCAAAUGCAGGGCAUCCGAGCUCUGAAACGCCAUCUGCAACGAACUAUUUCCUACAGUACAUCAGCUCCAGUUUAGAGAAUUCAACAAGUAGUUCUGAUACCUCCAGCAACAAAUUUGUGUUUGGACAGAACAUGAGUGAAAGGGUGUUGAGCCCACCAAAAUCUAGUGAAGCUAGUAUAGAUUCCAGCAAGGACAAUACUGCUGCUGAAUCUGGCUCAGAAUCUUCCUCCCUAGAAGCAACUCCUGAGAAAGCUAAUAAUGUUUCAGAAUCACUGGCAGAGUCAGCAGCCGCCUACACCAAGGCCACAGCCAGAAAGUGUUUACUGGAAAAGGUGGAAGUUAUCACCGGGGAAGAGGCAGAGAGCAAUGUGUUACAGAUCCAGUGCAAGUUGUUUGUAUUUGACAAAACAUCACAGUCUUGGGUGGAAAGAGGCAGAGGACUUCUCAGGCUUAAUGAUAUGGCAUCAACAGAUGAUGGGACAUUACAAUCCCGACUAGUCAUGCGGACCCAGGGGAGCCUGCGGCUCAUCCUCAACACCAAACUCUGGGCGCAGAUGCAAAUAGACAAAGCCAGUGAGAAGAGCAUCCGAAUCACAGCCAUGGACACUGAGGAUCAAGGAGUCAAAGUGUUCCUGAUCUCAGCCAGCUCCAAAGAUACAGGACAAUUAUAUGCAGCACUGCAUCACCGGAUCUUGGCAUUACGGAGCAGGAUAGAGCAAGAACAGGAGACUAAGACCACAGCUCCAGAGCCUGAAGUGACACAGUCAAAUGAAGAGGAUAGUGAUGAUGAUGUCCUGGCUCCUUCUGCAUCCACUGGAGGGGGCACCGGUGAUGAAGGGGAUGGGCAGACAGUUGGGAGCACAUAGCGGCUGGAAGCUCAUCUGCUUGCAAGGCUGCUGCUUUGUCCAUCCCCCAGCAGGCGCCUCAAUCGUUCCAGGCAGCGUUGGCGGCUCCAGGACUUAGGAACCAUGCAUCCCUGUUCUGUUUGUUCGUUUCUUUGGUCUGGAUCAGUAGAUUCCACACAAAGCAGACUCAGAAAACUGCCUGAAUGUGGUUUGGGACAUGAAAGCUCAUCAUAUUGAUGAGCAGAAAAAUAACCUUCCUCCCCCUCUUUUCAUUGAAAUGGCACAUUGACUUGUCACACACAGCCCCUCCUUGGGACCUGAGGAUUCUGUUUCUUCAGUAGCUCAUGUGGCACCAGCCUCCGGAAAUUCAUUUUACAGUAACUCCAGGGCUGUAGCCGCCAUAGCUCUUGGGUCUGUCUGUCCUCUCCUUGUUACCACCUGACUCUCAGAGCCCCUGCCCAAUUGCAAGGGAAGCAACAUUGAGCAAUUUCUGUUCCCCUGAAUCAUCACCCUCAAACUGCUCCCCCUCACCAAGUUUGGGCUCCUUGGAGAAUGGACAGGCUGAGUAUUUUGCAUCUUGUCCACCUCCCCAUGAGGGCAAUAUUGCCAGCUUCAGGGCCCCACUCUCUCCACUGGCCCCUCUUGUCUAGGUCCAAGCCCCCAGGCAGCAUUGAAGGGCCCAGUGGGUGUGUUUCACUAACUCCUUUCCCUCCUUUGUCCAAUAUUGUUUUGGGGGGGUUCUAUUGUGCUGAUCCUUUUUUUAAAAAGGUUAAUUUUUUUGUUGGUUUUGUGUUUUUUUUUUUUUAGUUUUUUGUUUUUUUUUUAGUUUUUAGUUUUUUUUUUUUAGUUUUUAAUAAGAUGCUCUUUGUGUGUUGAGAAAGUGAAGCUCUAUUGUUUUGUACUUUUCUGUUACUAUUUAAGGGAGAGCUAAGCCACUCUAUAUAAUAGAUGUUAUAUAUCAUUUGCUUAGUCAGUUUUGUUCUGGCCAGGUACAGGCUAACAGAUAGUAGAUGCCCCUAGGCUGCCCAAUAACAACAGCUAGUGGGGAAUACCUGUUGGCCUCCCAAAAAUAAUGGGUCUAUCUAACAGUGGGGCCAGUCAUGGAGCUAGCGUCUUUGGAAUUGUUUAAUUUUUUUUUUCUUUCCCCCUUCCUUUGAUAUUUUGAUACCGUGACUCCUUAUCCUUUCCCCCUGCUAAUUAUUACUGUUUGCAUGAACAUCAUCAUGGGAGCAGCUGAGACUAGGAUGCUGAAGAGACUGGGCUCCCUCCCACUUCACCAACCAGAGGGGAAAGGGACUUUUUUCUCUAGCUUAGUCUUCCAAUAUGGGCAGGAUGAAGGGAAGGGAAUUACUCAGCCCUGGCCUGUUCAUUCUACCCCAUGCCAUAUCAACUUCACAUGUCCUUCCAACUUAUGUACCCAAGGUGGAAAUAAGCCCCAGCUUCCUGCUGUGCCAGGGAGAGAACAGCUUCCCCAUUGACCAGCAUCAGGAAAGAAUUGGUUUACAGGACAUAAUCCUGAUAAGUCCCUGGAGUUUGGGGAGUUAUAAGUAAAUCUUCAAUUCCUUUUAACACAACUGGAUUUGACUUAAGUUCUUGGUGCCCACCACAAAUAGGAUAUUCUUCGUGGUCCUUCCUACAGCAGUGGGGACUGAAAUCCCCUUCAUCUAGGAUUUUCUUUUGCUUUUGACUAUUCUCAUCAUGGGACUGUUAUUAGCAGUUUCUCUGGGCAACAUCCCAGUGGUGCCAUGAGACCUAGGCUGCUGACAGAUAACUUUGUCAUUAUCUUCUGGGCUUUUUCCUUUCUUCCCCUUAUCCCUCCCAGCUCUGCUUUGAUAUCAGGACAUUUAAACUUAUUUUCAGAUUAGUUAAAGUCCCUCUUGGAUGACAAAACUCACAGGUCCAGAGUCCACAGGGCCUCUGCAGGUGAGCUUGGUGCUGUUUCCUCACUCUCCCCAACCCAAAUGGUCUGACUUGGCCAAAGCCCAGAGAGAAGAUGGGACCAGCAGGUCUUGGUUCAUGUUGAAAAGAUCCAGCUUUAUUCCUACACAGAUCUCACCAACUGCUUAGGGUCAUUCUUCAAACUUGUCAGCUGCUAACUGGGAACAUGUAGUUUCAUGUGGAGGCCUUCAGAGUUCUUUCUGCAUAGCAAAGGGGCAGAGAUUCCACUUCAGUCCAUACAAGAAACUUUGUGAAUUUGGUCCAGAAUUAUCUUGAAUCCCCAUCCAAUGAGAGAUAUAGUUAGGCCAGAGCUAAACUUAUUACACUUCCUGCUUUCAGGCUUAGAAAACUAGUGACAGGUAAAACCAGAUAAUGCCCAUGUGUUUUGGAAGAUUUAUGUAAGAUUGUCAUAUGAAAUGUAUUUGGGAAUUACAUUAAAACUUUUAACAAAAACUUGGGUCUGCUGCCUUGUACUCUUUGCCACACAAGAUCAGAGUUUAGCCUUUUUCUUAGGGAAACUAUAAAAUAGCAUUCUCAUCCUGACCAAGAUAAGAUUGAAACCUUGCAGAGACCUUAUAUAAUAGCCUCUUGAUUUUCCAGAUAUUCUUCAGCAAUUAAAUGAAGAGAUUAGACAAGAUAAACUCAAAGAUCCUUUUUCUAAAUCUUGACAGUCUGAAUCUGAGUUUGCAAAAUGAAGAAGGUUGAAUCAAAUAAAACAGGCCCAGGAAGAAGGUGCCUACCUGCUCAAGGUUGAAUGGGGUAGGAAGGGAUAAUCUAGUCAUUGAUUCCUAGGCCAAUAUCCUUUCUACUCUUCUUUCCUCUCUUACAAGUCUGGAACUUGACCCUUCUUUUGUGAUCACUGCUCAGGAAGGAGGAAAGCAUUAACUCUUGAGUCAUCCUGGACCUAAAACCCAACUGCCACAUCCUACCUUUGUUUACUCUGUGAAGUGAAAGUUGUCCUUUUUAGCUCUAACACUGCAAUUCUAAGACUGUUUCAGGGAAUUAUCAUCAUUCUUUAACCUAAAAGCAUUCACUGGAGCAAGGCCUUCUCUCUACUAUAUAUCGGUCCAGAACCAGAGACCACUGGACAAUAGGAGUCCCUCUUGGUAGAGGAACCUUCUGAACCAGGGGCCUUCAGCCUUUCCUCAUCUCUCAAUGUGCUCCCUCUUAGAAGAACCCAGGUUAGACUGACAGCCUUGCCCAGCUAUACUGUUCAGAGUCUUUUCCCUCCCAGCAAAUAUAGAUUCAGCCUCUUGUUCUAGUCACAGUCUUACAAUUUAGAUUUGGAAGAGCCCUCAGAGAUCAUCAAAUUAACUAGAGGGAACUAUGCUCCAAAGAGAUUGUCUCAAUAAAUCCAGAGCUGGAAGAAGGCUGAGGGGCCAUUUAAUGCAAGCCCCUCGUUUUAUAGAAAAGCAAGCCAAAGACCAGGGAGGCUACCUAACUUGGUCAAGGGCACACAGGCAGUGGGUAAGCUUCAGAGACACUGUCUGAACCCUGUUUCUCUAACUCUGUGGAUAGUACUUUUCCUAGUGUACAUACCACAGGCUUCAUAGAACUAGAACUUGGUGCUCACAUCUUUUGUUUUUCAAUGGAUGCUCCCUUUACUGGGUCCUGCUGCUUCUCUGUUCCUUUUCCCCAGUUCCUUCCUGAGCAUGGUAAAUUGUGAAUAUCUUCCUCUCAGUUUCCCUGAUAUCGUCUUAAUGUUAAAAUAACUCCUCUCCCACCCAGCCUGUGCCAUCAUACUCUUUAAGUCCCUUUGAGCAGUAGCCUAGAAAUUUAGUUCCUCUUCCAUUAGAGAUGGAGAAACUUAAAAUGCAUAAAGGUUAAAAUGGCUUGUCCAAGGUCAUUUAGAUGGUGAUAACAGAUACGGGAUUCCAGCCCAUCUUCCAUCCUCUGCUAGCCAAGGGAAGGGCCUACUUAACCUCCCCUCAGCUCUGCUGUAUCCUUAACCUAGAACUUUUCCUAAACAUGGGAGGUAGGUGGGAGCCAAAGGGGGAAAAUCAUCCCUUCAGAGAUGGAGGAUUAGGGAUUUUACUAUGAGUUCCCAGGGGAUCCCAGCUCACAACAACUUUACAAGAAGUAAAAAGGAACUCAGUUCAUCCAAUUUGUCUGUAUCUCACUGUUUCCAACUGGAUAUCAUCCAGUUUCUGCUUAAAGAUCACAAUGGGGGUGGGGAUGGAGUUGUUCAGAAGUUCUAUUUUGGAACCCCUCAUAUUAGGAAUUUUUAAACUUUUAUUCAGCCAAGCAACCUUCCUUUACCUUGCAUUUGUCAUUGUUAUGUCCAAUUCUUCAUGGCUCCAUAUGGGGUUUGCUUGGCAAUGAUACUCAUUUUACAGAUGAGGAAACUGAAGCAAAUAUUAAGUGACUUGCCCAGGGUCAUGCAGCUAGUGAGUGUCUGAGGCCGGAUUUGGACACUUGAAGUUGACGCUUGAAGUCAUCUUGACUCCAGGCCCAGCACUCUAUCCACUGCACCACCUAGCUGCCCAGUUCGUUGCAUCUAGUUCUGUCCUUUGCCAUCAAGCAAAGCGAAUUUUACCUCUUCCCUGUAACACUUCUCCAAAUACUUGAAGCUAGAUUCAUGAACCUCCCCUCCCCACAGUCUCUUGCCUCCCAUGUGUCCAAUGCUUAAUGACAAGGCAACAAAGUGAGAGGCCAGCGAGGAGCUUGAAUUUCAUUUGAAAAGCACAGGUUACAAGAGGGUAGAUUUAGAGGAUGCAGGGAGAGCCAAAGCCUGUGCUGACUUGUGACGCUGGGCUAGGGAGGGGAGAAAGGCUUGGAUCAACCUCAUGCAGGUGGGGGAUGGCUGAAGGGGGAAGCAGGACAGAGGAACCCCUUGUGGGGGGAAGGGAGUAGUGUUAAACCAUUCCCUGGGCAAAAGGCGAGAGGAGGGACCCAGCACACCACCUCUCCUCGAAUAGCCUUAGGAGCAUUGGAUUUUAGAGAUCAGCAAAACUGGUGGUGUCAGAGGCCUGAAUGGGGACCCCAAGUUUCCCAUCACUUCCUCUGUGGAAUGAGGGAUUGGAGCAGUUGGUCUCCGAGUUCCCUUCCAGCACACUGCCAGUAGCCCUUUGACCCUCUGAAUCCCAGAAAGGGCAAAGGGCUUUGCCAAUGGCUGAAUGGGUGGAAAGAGGGAGGGCCAGGAUUGGAAUCUGUGUCCUCUGAUUCCUUCAGUGAUCCCGAUGCUCUUCCCGGUAGUUGCCUCUCAGGGCGUUGGGGGUGGAGGUGAUAGAGCAGAGGCAGGGAGGGAUGAAACUAAGGCUUGGUGUCAGGGAGGAGGGAAUGGCUCAACUCUCGGACUGGUCCUCUGGUGCCUUCCCUUGGGUCCAGGUGUCACAGUUGCCAGGCACUGGUCAUCAUAGCCACGAACUCUUCAUCUGUGUCCACAGAAGCGCUCACACCGCUAUAGUAAUCCAGGAACUCUGCCGCAGUGACCUGCAGGGGAACAGGAGUCUGCCAUCCCCAGCCCGCCCUGCCCUGGCUCCCGUAGUCUGGAAGAAGGAGAAAGUGUUCCAAAUUUCAAGUCGGUGUAGAAAACUGGCACCAAGAAGUAAGGCCAUGCAGUGUGGAGCAAAGAGCCCUGGGUGCAUGGUCAGGAAUACUGGUCCGGGAUCCCUGGCCUACAGCCUUCAGUAAAAGGGCUUUCUAUGCCUCCUUUGGACUAGAAUCAGGGCAUCUUAACCUUUUUUGUGUGAUGGGUCCCUCUGGCAGCUUGGUGACGCCUAGGGACCUCCUCUCAGAAUAAUGUUUUUAAAUGAAUAAAAAAUAAAAUACAUAGGAUUAUAAAGGAAA